UUACGUUAGAACCUGGUUAGAACAAACAGGUGUAAUAGAUAGGUACCUAGUGUUCUGUGCGUUAGAAUCUACCUUAGAACCCACAGAGUAGGUACUUUUAUAUAUCUUAGAACCAUGGGGGUGAACGCUCCAGAAACUCCUGUACAGGCAGAAGUAAUAUUCAUCGUAGAAGCGACAGCGGCAAAUGGGGCAUAUAUAAAUGAACUAAAAACAAAUUAUGUUGUUCCUACGCUAGAAUACUUCCAUGGAGGGUCUAUAGAAGAAGGUGGAGGCAGUGGCUCCGUGUACAGCGUGGUGGCAUAUACAGCUGCUGACUGCCUGCCCGGUCUGCCUGUCUCAGCUUACGGACCCUUCAACUCUCCACAGAAUGUCCUUGAGACUAUUGAUAGUAUUCAAUACAUCGGCGGGCGCGCAGAGAGCCGGGCAUGCAUCGCGGAAGCCCUAGCCACAGCGCUGGCGUGCUGUGAGGAGCGCGCGCGGCCCGACGUGGCUACUCACAUGCUGUUGCUGUGCUGCUCCCCACCCUACUCCGCCUAUGGCGGGGGACUCGCACCACCAGGCGCCCCGGCCACGGUGGAGGCGGCGGCCCGCGCGCUGUGCGAGCGCGGCGUGCAGCUGUCCGUGCUGGCGGCGCGCCGCGUGGCGCAGCUGGCCGCGCUCUACGAGCUGGCGGGCGGGGAGCUGCACGCGGCGCAGCAGAGGAACUACGCCAAGGACCCCCGUCACCUGGUGCUGCUGCGGGGCUACAGCCUGAAGGAGCGGCCGCCCAGCCCCGCGCCGCCGCCUGUACCAGAGAUACAACCGGAAAUAUACGGCCAGGGCCGCGGGUCUGUGCCGGUGCCGCGGCCGGCGGCGCCCGCCUUCGCCCGCGCCGCCCCCGCCCGCGGCAACUGGCUGGCGCCGCCGCCCCGCCAGCCGCUCUACGCCAACAACUCCGCGCUGCUCACGCAGCUGGCGCAGCCCUCCUACCCGCCGCCGCCCCAGCAGCGCCUACCAAGCAUGCUGUCCACGCCGGGUCCCUCCACGUCCCCCGCGACGCCGGCGCCAAUGCAGCGCGCCUACAUCUGGAGCGGAGUGCUCGAGUGGAUGGAGAAGGGCAAAGCCCCCGGAGAUACGCAGAAGGUCACCAAACUCUUGCCUUGCCAGGUGUCAGCAAACUCCAAGGACAUAGAACCAGAGCUAAAGGUGGACACAUGGCCCAACAAGUUGCUGAUGCAGCUGAUGCCCAAGCAGCUGAUCAGCAACAUCGGCGGACAGUACCUCAAAGACAGCAAGUCCGUGUUGUUUCACCUUCAGCCUAAUGAGGCCCUGGACGCGCUUACUAAAGUCAUGGUCAACGGAUUUGCGGGCUGUGUGCAUUUCUCAUCACCGCCGCAAUGCGACAUCAAAGUCUUAAUCCUGCUGUACACGCCAGACAAGAAGGCUUAUCUCGGCUUCAUCCCCAACAACCAAGCCACAUUCGUCGACAGGCUUAGAAAGGUGAUCCAGCAACAGAAGAUGACCCAAAUCAUCAACAAGCAGCUGCCCACAGGCGCGGCGCCGACCUCUAUGCCAGGGACAAUGCCCACCAGCACCAUGACAGGCUCGGGAGCGAUGCCAACCCCAGGCAUCUCCUCCGCGGGCAUGGGCUCCAGCGGGCUGGGUAGCGGCGGCAUGUCGGGCGGGAUGGGGCAGGUCGGCCAAGUAGCGCAGAUGGGGCAGAUGCCGCCCGGGCCAGUGGGGCCCGCCGGCGGCUCCAUGCAGCCGCAAGUGCAGCAGCAUCCGCAGGGCAUGAUGCUGGGCGGCGGCAUGGGCCAGCAGGUGCGCGGCGGCGGGCAGCUGGACGGGCUGGAGGCGGCGCGCCAGCAGAACCUGGAGAAGAUCCAGCACCUGCAGCAGACGCUGGAGGCUGCGCACCAGCAGGAAGCGCAGUUCAAGUCGCAGAUGGACAUCAUGUCGCAUCUGCACGCUGCGCAGCAGCAGGAACUCAACUACAAGCAGAUGGAGGAGCAACAGCGAAAGCACCAAUUACAGCAACAGCUGCAGCAGCAGCUGCGCGGGGCUGGCGGCGUGGCGGGCCCGCGGCUCAUGAGGCCCAUCAUGCCUUCCAACCCCGGCCUGCGGCAUCUGCUGCAACAGCAACAGCAGGCGGCGCGCGGGCCCCGGCCGCACAUGUGAGCACCCUCCACACACAACAACCGCAGUACAGGCCCGGGGGCGGAGCCCCGCGCCCUUCUUCCCAAGGACAACAAUUUGACGACGUCAACAACUACGACUUUCUAUAGACUGCUUCAUUGGAUUAUUGGAUAAAAAUGAUUACUAGUUGGUUUCCAAUAGGGGACUUUCCAGGCUACUUUCCCAAAAAAAUUAUAGAUGGCGCUACUAAGAUAUAACGUGAUAAUAAUUACCUAUUUUCUCAUUACUCGGGUACAUAAUUAUUUAAAAAUACAGGGUGUCAGUGACAUCGUAACGAAUACUAAGGGGGAUGCGUCAGACCAUGAUACUGAGUUAAUAUCAAGUGGAAUUUUCCGUCGCAAUUCAUGACUUUUUCUUUACUAUUUUUUUUUUAAUUUUUCAUUUCCACACUUUUGCGACGGAAAAUUCCACUUGAUAUUAACUCAGAAUCAUGGUCUGAAUCAACCCCCUCAGUAUUCGUUACGAUGUCACUAACACCCUGUAUAAUAUAAAUGGCAGAGGCAUAUACAAAAAUGGUAUAUAAUUUUGUUGCUAUUUACCUAUAUUACCUAUAUUGCUUCUCUUUAUUUUGAUCAGAAUAACAAUGGGUGGAUGUAUUGUCUUUGGGUGUAAUAAGAAUGGUCAUCAUUUAUACCCAAAAACAAAGAUAAAAGAUGCAUAAUAUCUGCAAAUUGACCUACAACAAAAACUUGUUGGAUAAAGAUCCAUGAAUGAUUCUGAUUUCUGUUAUCCAUGAACAAGGUUAAAUUAAUCUAUAUUAUAAUGUAUAUUUUUUUUUAGAGAAUGUUACCAGGUAAUUCCCUCAUUAUAUUUUUAUUUUAUUUUAUUUUGUUAUUUUAUAUUUUAUAUAGUAUAUUCCUUACGACACGACACCUGUAUGGUGUCCAACUGACCGAGAGUUAGGGUUUUGGAAUAGGGUAGUUUCUAACUUGUCAAAUCAGUUGCUUUUUACUACUCGUUAAAACACGAAAUUAUGUGGACCUUGUAUGAGAAAAAACAACUUGUGAGGUCACAGAAAAACGUGACAAAAUGUCGCACUAAUUAUUACAUUUCUUUAUUAAAAUUCAUAAGUGAAAUAGAAAAAAGUAAACUUUUUGUCACCUUUAGAUCUGUCUUUAUUUAGUAAUCUUCUUCUUCGUCGUUCCCUAGACUUUCAUAAUUUACCUAUGACCUAGGAAACUACCCAAUUCUUCAAGCAACGUCACGUAAUACCUGUAAAAGGUACGUUAUUAAUUAAAUAAAAAUUAUUAACCUUUAGUCUGUGGCAGCGCUGUCAAAAAAUUACCCCCCUGUCUGUGGAAGCCAUUCCAAAAUUUUUACGAGUUUCGCCAGCAUUCAGUUUAUGAUGUAAAUUUCACUUUUUGUGCAUGGAACGUUAUAAUAAAGUGAUUGAUUACUAAAGCUAGAUAUAUUUCCUUGUUUAUAAACAAUAACACAAGCAUCGAAAUUAUUUGUAAAUAAAAUACGAGCUGCUUGAAUACGAAGUUUGAUCAAAAAUUCACUUGCACCAAUAUUAUGCAGUCAAUUAUUGUUUGUGCCAAAAGUCAUAGUCAAAAUCAAAGGAUAUGACCAUAAACUAGAAAAAUAGAGCUUUGUAAAGACAUAUCACACUACAUACUUUUAUCGCUUUAUAUUGAUCAAUUUUAUGAAAACAAUAUGACGAAAAAUUUUGGAAUGGCAAAAAAAUCGGUCAGUAAUAUCUGCGCUUGUGUGUGUGUAUUUCGUCAUUCAGUCGUCUGUGUACGAUAAGGAUCCUGACUCGGUUCUUGAACAGUCGUCUGUGUAUGAUACGGAUCCUGACUCGGUUGUUGAACAGUCGUCUGUGUAUGAUACGGAUCCUGACUCGUUUGUUAAACGGUAGUCUGUGUAUGAUUAGGAUCCUGACACAUACAUAGGAUGUUUUAUUUUUGUUCAGGCAAGGUGUGAAAAUGAAAUAUGUCUAAUAGGUAUUUUUUUUAUUAUUUAGAUAUCACUUUAGUUAGAUUGUGAGAUAGAUAUCUACAUGUUAAAUCAUUUAUUCAUAUACAAUCAAAAACAACUGUUCUUAUUAUGGUUUAUAUGACCAAAAUAUUAUUCUUAUAAGAGCCGUAUUAUCACUAAUAAGGGUGCAGUGAUCCUUGUGGCGUCGCCUGGAAAGAUAAGAGGCCGUGAAGUUGACGGAGCUGAAGGAUUUGUUAAAUCCAUUUUAUCUAAAAAAAAAAAAAACAAAAAGUUAGUAAAAGAUCAUCCUGUAAGUUGUAUUUCAGAAAUAACGGUUUUGCCAUAGUAAAUUUGAAAACAUGUGUACGUACACAGUGUCGGCCAUUUUUACUUGCGUGUGUGUGUGUGCAUUUUUAAGUAAUGGUUUCAAUAAUUUACGUUUUGGUAAAUAUUUAUGAAUUAUUCAUACAAAGCAAUUUGAUAUUCAGAAUCUCCAUAAAAUUUCCUUCAAAAUAAUAUAAAAUAUGAGGUAUAUAAACAAGGCGUAAGUUUAGAAUAACUCAAAGAAAAACACGAAAAGUUAUUUGAGAUCUGUAGGUUACUUUUGAACUAAUAUAAUUCGUAAGUGAAUCACUUUGAGAACUUAUAAUUUAUAAAAAUUGACACUACAAUACAUAUAAAAUAAUAAAAUUGAACAUUUACUUACCUUUUUUAACAAUUUUCAGCUUAUUUUUCACUUUUAGUAUUCACUUUUGGUAGUUGAAGUAUCACUGGUCGAAACGGAAUUUCAACCGAUUUUUCUAGCGGAACUAUUGAACAUUUCAUCCGAAUGAUGAUUGUCUAUGAUAGAUCAUUUAUUCAAUUUUGUUCAAAACACAACAUUAAACCUUUUGCGAUAGAAUUAGAGUGGAUAAUUACGUAAAAAUAGGUACCAGUCCUAUGGGUCAGGAUCCUAAUCACACACAUACGAGAGGGGUAAUCAGGAUCCUUAUCACACACAGACCAAAGGUUAAUUAAGUAAAAUUAGGAUAAAAGAUUGACUCGAAAUGAACUGAAUAGUAUUAAUUAAGGAUUAGUGUAAUUGUGAUGUAUAGUAUCAAUUUUAUAUGUUAAUAAAUGUUAAGAAGUUUU